AUGAAGAACACGGACUCUGGUCUCUUCUGGUCUGUUCAGUCAAUGACCAUCGACCCUCUUACCUCCACGGUUCCUGCUCGGCCUUCACAGACACUAAAGGUUGAUGGUCAGAAAACUCAUCCUACAGUUUACUGGGACGUAGACGUCCACCUCUUGUUAACCUCUGACCCAGUGGAUGUAGAUGAUUCUAACAGUGACCCACCAAAGUCCACAUGA